AUGUCAGAAAACAACGAGGAGGAUAGAUCGGGGGGAGACAAUGAUCGUAACGAAAAUGAUAUCAAGGAAGCUCGAGAGGACGAAGAGGUGAAGAUAAUAGGGACGGAGAAACGUUGCGUGCGAUGCAAAGAAUCUGAAAAUCAUAACCGACUUUCUUCCCCCACCUCGGGGCCCACCAAGGUGAAAAUCAAGACCGAGGUGCUCGACGAGAUCGAGAAUUUCUCGGCCAACGACGAGCUCGACGUUGACGACGCUUACGAGAACGAGGCGAGGAGGAAGAGGCACAAGAGGGGGCAGAAGGGGAGGGGUUGCCCCCCGAUCAAGAAGGAGGUGAAUCUGGACGAAUAUGUGGAUUUCGAGGAGUACAUAGAGGCGUUGACUACCGGGAAACGAUUGAUCUGCAGCGUGUGCAGGAUCGAGUUCCCCGAUGAGGCGGAGUUCAAGACGCACAUGGUGGGGCACAGCCAUGGAAAAUUGUUCCAGUGCGGUAUCUGCAGGAAACAAUUUUCACGGUCGUCUGCACUCAAGGACCACCUUCGUCUUCACGAGACGUUCAAAGCGUUCAUAUGCAGGCACUGCAGCCUCCGAUUUCAGCAGAGGGACCAGUUGAGGAUGCACCAGGCCGAGGUGCACUCGAGCCGAAGGCCGUUCGAGUGCGGAGUCUGCAAGAAGAAGCUGCUCCACCGGCAGUCGUUGCGCGAUCACAAGCUGAUGCACACCAACGUGAAGCCGUUCGAGUGCUCGAUCUGCAAGAAGAGAUUCCUCAGGCCGAGCAGCCUGAGGGCGCACAUGAUCGUUCACACGGCCGACUCGCCGUUCGAGUGCGACCUCUGCCCAGCCAAGUUCAAGAGAUCUUCCGUGUUGAAGACGCACAAGUUGACGCACACAGGGGUGAGAAGGUUCGAGUGCGACAUCUGCAAGCACCGGUUCCAUCUGAAGGGCGCUCUGAAACACCACAUUCUGUCCCAUUACGGAGUGCGGCCGUAUAAAUGCGAGGACUGCGGUAAAUGUUACAGGAGGUCGUGGGGCUUGAAGGUGCACAGAUAUCGUCACACAGGUGUGAAACGAUUCGAGUGUGACCUGUGCAAGUCACGAUUCAGCGUGAAAACGAAGCUGGCCAAGCACAUUUACGGCCACAUCGGGGAAAAACCGUACAAGUGCGAUUUCUGCGGCCGCCAAUAUGGCGAACGUUACCAAUUGAAGGCACACAAAUGCGGGAACCCAUCCAAGACGAGGAUCGACAGAUCGUUCGCCGACUCGAUCACCCAGAUCGUCUUCUUCCAUCCAAAAUCGACCAACAUCUCGUUCGACUCGAGUACAAAGAGUCGGUUUUAUCCAACUGUGAGGGAAUCGACGUUGAACCGACGAAUCUCGCCCAUGAUAAAAAAAGGGAAAAAGUGAAUUGAUCGAUAGCGGAUGGAUCAGUUCGUUACUUUCGACACGUUGAGAGAAGAAACAGAAAGUGUGCGUGUGUGUAUAUAGAUUGUUCGUUUUGUAGAUUGUUCGAUUUGUACAAUACAAAUACAAGAAAACUCGAGAUUUGAUUAAUUUGAUAAAUAAGGAGAGGAUUGAAAAAAGAAUUCGUUCCGUAUAUAAGUAACAUGUCGAAAAAUCGAAAAUCACCAGUGUAAUUAAAUCUUAUGCGUGUUCAAUGAACGAUUUGAAAUCGAUCCUUGCAAUUUUUUUUUUCUUUCGUUUUUUAAUUGUAAUGCGAGCGAGGUAAAUUUCAAAUAUACAGAUACAAAGUUUCGAA